AAAAUAUCUCAGUUCAGCAGAGUCAGCUACAAUCACAGCGGCGAGGCAUUUCCGAGAAACGACGGUCUCUCACCGGAAAAGAGCGGCUCUAGUCUGUUAUUGAGGGAGUUUUGAUGGUUCUCUGCGGGUUAUAGUCGCUCUGGUAGCUCGGUUAGUUGGGGAGAUUUCUCUGGUUGUAAAUGGUGAGAUGUUGAGCUCGGCGCUGUGGAGGAACAGCUGCAACUGUGAUCCUGCAGAGGAGGAUCCUCGUAAAGUUUACCUGCUGAACAAUUAGCUGGAGGAUUCUUCAUCAUGUGCAGCAGCAGCAGCAGCAGCAGGAGGACUGGUGUGUGCAGACAGUGAGGAAGGAGUUGGGACAGUAGUCUGGACUGAAUGGGGAGAUCAGUUCUGUGGAAAUGGACGGGGUUCAUCUCCCUUUACUGCUCAUCGUAAUGCUGCCAACUCUUUCAAACUCAGUGUUGUGCAUGCACCUGCCUGCUCCUGCCAAACUGUCCAUGGAUUCUCAUAAUUUCGUCCACUUGUUGAGCUGGGAGCCGGGUCUGGGGUCUCCUGAAGGUGUGAGUUACACUGUGGAUGUUUGUGUGCUCAGUGAAAAGGGAAGGAGCUGUAACCCGACCCACUGCAGUUCAAAUCCUGACCAGUCUCCUUUGCAGUGCAAUCUGACCGAGGUUUUCAGACUUCCAAACCAGAUCUACUACACCAUUGUGUCUGCCCGCUUGGGGAACCUGAACUCUUCUGCCUAUUUUCCUCCGUUCCAACCCUUCAAGGACACUGUCCCAGAACCCCCCAGGCUGAAAGUCUUACCGUGCAAUGAAUCCCUGUGUGUGCAUCUUCAGGCUCCGUAUGAGAGGCUACUCAGUGUCUACAACUGCACUGUGUACCCCUGCUUUAAAUACAAGCUCAACAUCAGCUCCAACGGACAAUUUAAGUUCAUGAAGGAAGUACAGGGUUUGCAGACGGUGGUUCUGGAGCACCUGGUGCCAGGUCAGGAGUACUGUGUGAGCGUUGGCAUCAAAGAUCGCAGCUCUUCUUACAGACCGGCUGUGUGUGCUUUUACUGCCGCAGCAGAAUCUAGGGCAGGAGCACCAAUCUUUGCGGCUGUGUGUGUGAUAGUCCUGUUGUUUCUCUGGGGCUUUGUUGUUCUUUCAUGGAUCUUUUAUGUGAAAUCCCACCUACCCGCCGUUCUGAGUUCCUUUCAAGGCCCAUAUAAAGAGCAGUUGAUGGGCUUUCCCACUGUAGAAUCCCUGCACAGCAUUUCACUAGAGCCUGACACCGUUAAGGGCAUCGAGACAGAUGAAGGGGCUGCGGAGGACGAGGAUCCAGAGGAUGAGAGUGUGGCGUACGAAAGGCUGGGGAAUCAGAGUGGAACUUGCAGCGGGACAUGUGGACAAGGCUCUUCCUCGACCCAGACGCUUUCAGACCAGGGUGGGAACGGAUAUGACAGAACUCAGCAUUCUAAGAUUGAAAUUCCCUCAUCUCCAGUACCAAUGGCCAUCUCCAGUAUCCUCCCUCCCACAACUUCCAGAGAGCACAUGGUGAAACCACAGCUCAGGACUGGGUUUGGGCUUCAGCAGAAACCGGUGAACCCACCAGCGGGAGAACUGAGCUCUACUGCUCUAGGACUCUUCCACAAACAGCUCAGACACACGGGCUUGAGCAUCCUCGCACACAGACACAGAGAUAAAGAGCAGCAGGACGCUGAGGAGGAGGAGGAGGAGGAGGGCAUUAAUGUGAAUCUCUGCUCUUUAAGGCUGGGAGGCCAAAUAGAGGAGGACCAGUUAAAGAAGGAGGGGAUUCCUAAGCAGGUGAUACCUACAUCUCUGCAGAAGGUGGAGGAAAAUACCACACAAGUCCAGCCCAUGUGCUCGCCAAGCUCUGAGAGGAAUGUUACAGACCUUCAGGAGAAGGAUGAUGAGGAGGAUGAGGACGAGGAGGAGGAGGAAGACUCUGGUUAUAUGAUGCGGAAUUAGAACAAUUUCUCUAAUACCAGAAACCACAUUCUCAAUCUUUUUUAUUGUGAUACAGUAUUGCCAACAGUAUUGUUUGGGAUCAUUUGCUACCUCAAAUGCCAACUUGGCAUUUGGCCUAAAGUUUUCAGUGUUCACAGAAUCUGCGUUAUUAACUCCCCCACCCCUGGAUGCCCCUCAUUUUUUAUACUAAGCUUUAAUGAAAAUCACGUACAUUUGUUUACGCCUGUUUUACACAUUCUGUCACAUCAGCUUGGGCUGGACAGUAAUUCAAUAGAAAAAUAUAUUGUGAUAGAAAAUGUUUCAUUAACAGUAAUAGGAUUUUUAAACACAUUUCCAAUAUUUCAACUUACAGUAUUUACAGUAUCUGUUACUGACUGGCAAUUAUUACAGGACACUGCUGUCAGUUCACUGUCUUCUGGUUGAGCACAAAGGGCAGAACCACUGUAGUUUGGCAGUGCCAGUGAUGUAAUGAAUUUCAGUGAUGUAAAGAAAUACUUUUUAAUAAUCAGCACAUCAUUUUAAAUGGUUUUCUCUAGGGCUGGGCUAGGGCAUAUGAUACAAUACUUUUUUUUUUUUUUUUUAUAAUUUUAUUAAAAAAUUUUCCCCAAUUUACACGGCCAAUUACCCAACCCGCUCAUUAGGACUCCCCCUAUCACUAGUAAUGCCCCAACACACCAGGAGGGCGAAGACUAACACACGCUUCCUCCGAUACAUGUGAAGUCAGCCACCGCUUCUUUUUGAGCUGCUGCUGAUGCAACAUUGCCGAGCAGCCAGCGCGCUUGGAGGACAGCGCAGCGACUAGGUUCUGAUACAUCAGCUCACAGAUGCCCUGUGCUGCAGACAUCACCCUAGGAGUGAUGUGGGGAGAGAGCGCCAUCUACCCACCCGGAGGGAGCAGGGCCAAUUGUGCUCCCUCUGAGCGCCGGCAGCUUGAUGGCAAAGCUGCAUGAGCUGGUGUUCGAAGCUGCGACCUCCCGCUCAUAGUGGCAGCGCUUUAGACCGACGAUACAAUACUUUGAAUUUGAUACUGACAGCCAAACUAUUUUUUAUUUUAUAUAUUUUUUAAACCCUUUUUUUAUUAUUGUAACCAAGAAAAUACAAAAAGCAAUUAUUAUUCUCACACAACGUUUAUAUUUAACAGUACACAUAAGUAAUAUCGUCACCAUGUAUACUGUCACCAUUAGAGGCUCCAUCUUUUUGGAUCCUGUUGGAACAAAAACAGUGCGAGCGCCUGAGAGAUAUCAACACAGUGGCGUAGUUUUGACAAUUUGAAUGAUCUGUGUUUCUAUCUGCACUCUCCACUACUGUGUGCACUUUUUUUUUUCACUGCUUGUUUGUGUGUUUCAUGCAAAGUAUUGGAAAUUAGUACCAAAUGUUUUAAGACCUCUCAGUAUUCUGUAGUACAGAGACAUUUAAGUCUGUGCAUUUUUUCUAUCGAAUUUAGAUACCCAGCCAUAGUCAUUGCAACACCCUAUUUACUAUAGUACUGUUACUAAUGUGAGAAGAGUUUCUCGUGAGCAACUACCUCCCCAAACUCUUAGGGAGUUUUCACACCAGCACUAUUUGGUCCGGUUUAAAUGAUUCUAAAGCAGUUCAUUUCAGGAGGUGUGUAAUUAGUAAACGCCCUCGGGUUUGGACCAAAACAACCGCACCAAGACCAACGAGAGAAGGUGGUCUCGGUCCUGUUCCACACUAACUCUGGAGUGGUGAGAACGUGACGUGGUCUAGAUCAGACUCAACUAUUAAAUAUUCUCCCUUUAUUUGAGCUAAACUGCUGUUUAGGUGCAGUUUAACCUGAUCUAUAAACCAGAUAAUUAACAUAGCUAUGAACAAACGCUUUUUCUGCUGCUACUCCAUGCUAAAUUCAUACUAAACUUCAUACUAAACGCUACGUUUACUGCGUAGACAAGCACUGCAUUUGAAAGCACAGCAGCAAUAUUCUUAGCAUUUACUAUUAUUGCAGCUUUACCCUGCACAAUAUUUACACUGGUCUGGAACAUAGAAUCUGCUUUCUGUAUUUAAUUUUUUGCUCCUGAAACAGACAGCUCUGAACAAUCUAAGACGACGUGCUCACAUGGUUUGUUGCUGCAUAUUUUGGUGAGUUUAGAUUUGCGUCUGUGUGAAAACAAACCAAACCAAGGGUGAAAAUGCUCCCAAGUAAAAAAAAAAUCUGCUUCUCUCCUGUGUUUGAAAUGUGUAUUUUCUGUUUGUUACAUUCCAGCCUACUCUUCUCAGAAUAGAUACAUGCAUUUUAGUUAUUUGCAUGAAGUUGAACUUGGCUGUACUUUUUCACUCUAGGUCAUAGCAUUUCCUUGAUGCAACGCAGCCCAUCAUGCACUCAUUUUUCAUUGAAAUAAAUAAGACGUGUUGAGAUGCAAUAUCAAGUGGACAAGUACCGCUGGAACUGCUCCUGGGUUAAUGGUUUAUCUGAGGACCAGUCUCAUUGUAGAUGGUUUGCCCAUCUUAAAACUAUUCUGAAUCCACCGACAAUCUUCUGUAUAAAUGACUCUGUUCACACCUGGUAUUAACAUGGUUUCUGGGUGAUGUGAUCAUAAGUGUGCAGUAUAAAGUGUGAACAGGUGUGAAUGGAAUACAGUGCAUCUGGAGGAGCAUCAUAAUCCCAUCCCUCAAACAACUGUCACAUUCAUAGGAUUUUGGUGGAGACAUAUAAGACCACAUAAUGAUUGUUACUGUUGUGUGUACACUAAUGCUUCUCGAUACGCCCCUGACAGCAAAGCCACGCUUACAUUAACUGUGUCACUGCCCCUGCCGGAACAUAACAAACACCAUCCACCGUCCGCACAGGUUAGCUGAGCAUGCUAUAAAAACAAGCUAAUGCAUAAAUGUGAUAAUCACUAAUCUGGAUUUGGGCUCAGGAUACGCUCCCAGAACGUUCUGCGCUUUUCCACUGCAAAAUCACAGGUUCUCGGCCAGAAAAAACUAUAUUGCUGGUCUGGAACCAGUGAACCUGUGACGUGAGCAGACAAAGAGCGGGAUGUUCAAGGGUCACUGUCGCAAAGUUGUUUACAAACCUUACUGCCAUUUUCAGCUAAGAGCAGCAGCAAAAGCAGCUAAAACUGAAAAUCAAUCAACAAUAGUCCACCGAAGAAACUUAACGCAUUGCUUGCUUCUAAAAUGGAAUUAUGCUCCCUUUCCCCACUGUGUUUCCCCAGAGGUUUUGGGCAGUGUGGUGCUCUCUUUUGUCUGAAAGCAGGUUCUAGUUAACUAGUUUCUCUCUAAUGCAAAACAUUCCAGCUGAAAUUUAUAAAUGUACAUUUUAUGUUUGUUUUUUUUUGCCAUUGGUAUAUACAGAUACAGUAUAUACCCAAAAAAGCUUAUCAGCUUACCAUACCUAUUAUUGCAGUACUUUAACAGAAGAAAGAACUUAAUAGAAUUUAGAUAUUUGCAGUCCAUUACAGGUGGUCCAUUGUGGUCAUUUUCAUCAUUGAAAGAGAGGAAAGACAAACCAGUAAGUGUACCACUUUUAUGUUUACUUAAAGAUCAUGGUACACAGACAUAAAGGUACAAUAUCCAAAUCUGAUACCAAAAACUAGUGACUGGCAUGGUGCAAAUAUAACAAAUUUCAUUUAAAAAUUAGCAUUAUAAUUGGACAGUUUUGAAUUGAAUGUUUCUGUAUUAAACAUGCUGUAUGUGACAAAAUGACUAGAGUUAACUAGAGUUAAAAGUUGGUGAGUGUCUGAUAGCGGACUUUUAAUGCAGUUUAAAUUCUCUGCAUAAAGUUUAGCAGUUAGCAUGCUAGCUUACCUGCUUAUGACAGAGAUAAUAAUUCAGUCUAUGUCUCUGUUUAGUUUAUUUAGAUCCAGUGUGAAAGAAAAUGUCAUGUUUAGAACAGAUAUAUUAUUACCAUGUCCUCUGUUUUGCAACUGCUUGCACAUGUUUGUGUAUUAUGGCAUGAACAAAGGAGAUUUAUGGGGAACUUAGAAAAAAGUUGCUGAUGCUCAUCAGGCUGGGAAAUAAUACAAAACUAAAGAUUUUGGACUCCACCAAUCCACAUUCAGACAGAUUACACUGUACAAAUGGGGAGAUUUAAAAAAAAAAAAACGUUGUCGACCAACAAGGAUCACUCCAAGAUAUAGGCGCGUUGUGUAAUAGCAAGGUCAUAUAGCACCCAGGGUAAUUUAAAAGCAACUAAAGGGCCUCUCUCACAUUAUUUCAUCUGUGAAACAUAGUAGUGGUAGUAUCAUGGUUUGGGUGUGUUUUGCUGCAUCUGGGCUCGGACGGCUUGCCAUCAUUGGAUGAAACCAUAAUUUCUGAAUUGCAGCUGCUGGCACAUUCAGAGGUCAGUGGGCAUGCCAAAGUUUACCAAAGCCUAACUGGACAAGUAGUUUGGCAUGUAAAGUAUUUUCUCUGUGGAAGCUGCAGAUGAGACAUUGCUCAUAACCCUUGUAUAAGCAUUGUUUGCUGACAAGAGCUAGAGUGAGUGGAUUCACAUUAAGAGCUUAAUAAAUGCUUAUUUUUUAUGAGCAGUCUUUGCCAGAUAGUAAUGUUGUAUUUUUUUACUUGUCUUUGUAAAGACUUCCUUUUCUUGAAAUAAAGUAUUUUGGAAUGUACAA